UAUCACCAAGAAUCUGGCAGUCAGUUCCUACUGACACAGUUCACGGCGUGUAUUGGGUGCUCCCGAUCGUUUUUUGCAUCUGGUCUGGGAAUUGAAGACAGCAGUUUCAAGACAGUAAGGGUCCAGAAUACCUCAAGAAGAUGUAUCUAAAUGUACUACCACUCAUCUUGGCAUUAAUCAGUGGCAUCAGCUGCCAUGAAUACUAUGAUUUUGAUUAUGGUUUUGCCAUGUACCAGAUGUCUUCACCAAACUGUGCCCCAGAGUGUAACUGUCCAGCAAAUUACCCAUCAGCCAUGUACUGUGACGAGCUGAAACUGAAAACGAUGCCAAUCAUCCCUCCUGGGAUCAAGUACCUUUAUCUUCGGAACAACAUGAUUGAAUCCAUUGAAGAGAAGGCAUUUGAAAAUGUCACUGAUCUCCAGUGGCUCAUCCUUGAUAACAACCGCUUAGAAAACUCCAAGAUCAAGGGGAGAAUUUUUGCAAAGCUGAAACAGCUCAAGAAAUUACACAUCAACUACAACAACCUGACUGAAGUGGUGGGCCCUCUUCCAAAGUCUCUGGAUGACCUGCAGCUGGCUUAUAACAAAAUCACCAAGAUCUCACCCUCCUCCUUUGAAGGUCUCAUCAACCUGACCUUUGUCAACCUUCAGCACAACCAGCUGAAAGAGGAUGCAAUCUCAGCAGCCUUCAAGGGCCUGAAGAAACUGGAAUAUCUUGACUUGAGCUACAAUCAACUGACCAAGCUGCCCACUGGCCUUCCCAUUUCUCUGCUGACUCUCUACCUGGACAACAAUAAAAUUAGCAAUGUGCCUGAUGAAUAUUUCAAGCGCCUUAGUGCCCUUCAGUACCUUCGAUUGUCUCACAAUCAAUUGGCUGAUAGUGGAAUCCCAGGAAAUUCUUUCAAUGUGUCUACUCUCAUUGAGUUGGAUCUCUCCUACAAUAAGCUGAAGAAAAUUCCAGCUGUCAAUGAAAACCUUGAAAACUAUUAUCUCGAGGUCAAUGAGAUUGAUAAGUUUGAAGUGAAAAGUUUCUGCAGGGUUCUGGGUCCUUUAUCCUAUUCCAGAGUCAAACACCUACGGCUGGAUGGAAAUCUCCUCAGUCAAUCUAAGUUGCCAUCAGAAAUGUAUGAUUGUCUUCGAGUAGCCAAUGACAUCACGCUGGAAUGAGAUUUUGGCCAAUCCCAGAAUUCCUUACAAGUGCUCAUACUAGAGAUUUGUUUAGGAAUUACACUUUCCAGUUAGUUUUCCAAACAAAGUCUCCAUUUUCUUACUAUCAAUUUCAUUGAUGUUUACUACUAGGAAUUUUUAUGAUCUUAUGAAAAAUGUUUUGUAAACAUUGUAACUGACUUUUUUUAAAAAAUUAAGAUGAAAGGCAGGCCUGCUUUAUCACAAACACAAACACACAUGUACAUACACACACAUAUACACACACAGCGCCGAGUGCUAUUUGUGAGCUUUGUAGACUUGGCAAGCCAUAGAAAUCUCCCAAAUGUCUUGUAAUGUCACCUUUUCAAGUGACAAGGAAACCAGCUGCAUUUUUAGACACACAAAUGUUAAUUUAAAAGGCCCAAAGUUUAAACCAUUGAGUCAAAGUAAAUUCCUCUCACUAACCUUAAUUCACAUGUUGUUGUUGUUGUUGUUUCGUAUGUUAAAGCAUCAAAAUGAUAUUCAUUAAGAUGAAUUAAAAUUUCCACUAGAAAAUUCUCAUUUUGAAACUAUUUAAGUAAAAUCAUGAGACCACAUGAAUGGAAGGAAGUAUUUUCAUUUUUUUUAAAAUUACAUGUGUACUUAUAUAGUGAGAUUUAUCUCAUUUAGAAUGAUUAUUUCACUGUAAGUCAUUUAUAAAUAUUUCUGAUCAAUUAUUUGCAUGCUAUGCUUAACCUGCUAACUGAAAAAUAAAACAGAGCAAAAAA